CAGAGUGAUCCGGAACCGGAGCCUGGUCUGUUCUUGAUUCAGACAUGUUGCUGCUUCUGUUUCUCCCGUUCAUAGAGGAGUUCCAGAACUCACCUCCAGAUUAUUAUGUAGAAAUGCCAGCAUCAGUGACAGUGCAGGAGGGCUUGUGCAUCACCAUUCUCUGUACUUUCCAUCACCCUCCAACAAACUCUUCUCUAGCUCAUGGAUACUGGUUUAAGGAGGGGUCCCGAAUCUAUGAAGUCCAACCUGUGGCUACAAAUGAUCCAAUGCGAGAGGUGCAGGAGGAGUUUAGGGGACGAUUCCACCUGGUCGGGGACCCUCUGGAGAACAACUGCACACUGCGCAUCACAGACGCUCGGAAAGAAGACAGUAGGAAAUACUUCUUUCGGAUAGACAGGGGAGAGGAAAUUUUCAGUUACCUCAAUUAUUACCUUGAACUGAAGGUGACAGACCUGACAGAGAAGCCAGUCAUCUAUAGUCCAGAGCCCCUGGAGGAGGGCCAGCUGGCGACCUUGGUCUGUUUAGCCCCCUGGAUAUGUAGGGAGGGGACACCCCCGACCUUCUCCUGGACCGGGGCCGCCGUCCCUUCCCAGCAGCCCAACCAAACCUUCUCCUAUUUCUCUGGGCUCUCCUUCGUGCCGAAGCUCCAGGACCAUGGCAGCAACCUCACCUGUGGGAUGACCUUCCCUGGAGCCGGUGGGAGAGCUCUCACUGAGAGAACUGUCCAGCUCCAUGUAACCUCUAAAACAGACCCCCUCACAGUCUACAUAGGGGCACUUUUUACAUGCAAGAUGCUGGUCUUUCUCACCUUGUGUCUCAUCCUGACAUGUGUGAAGUUUCUGAGAAAGAAGAAGCGGGCAGAGGAUCAAGAGGUCCAGGACAGGAUGGAGGCAAAUUGUAGCAAUCAAGUUCCUGGAGUCCCUUUGUCAGAUUCAUCUAGCUCUGAGAAGCGCAAUUUGAAGUUUCCCCACUAUUGCAGUUUUACUCUUUUCUCCUAUAACUCAAUUAAAUUUUCCUUGUGUGUCUUGGAGCCAGAUUAA